AUGUGCUGUUACGUUGGAUGUUCCUUUCAGUUGAAUUCCUGUGACAGUAACGGUGUUUUGGAGGGAAGGUGGACCGCGGAGUACCCGGAUGACUGCACGGUGCCCUGGAAGUGGACUGGGAGCGUUCCAAUCGUCAAAGAGUACAACACCAACGGUAACAAGCCUGUCCGGUACGGUCAAUGCUGGGUGUUCUCCGGACUCACCACCACAAUCUGUCGCUGUCUUGGGAUACCUACACGGUCUGCGACCAACUUUGAUUCUGCACAUGACACAGACAGUAGCAUGACCAUAGACUCCCACUGGGACGAAGAGGGGGAACCCAUAGAAGAUAUGAACGAUUCUGUAUGGAACUUUCACGUUUGGAACGAAUCAUGGUUUCGACGUUUAGAUUUACCGGAGGGCUAUGACGGUUGGCAAGCACAUGACGCCACGCCACAAGAGGCUAGCGAAGGAGUGAUGAGGUGUGGCCCCGCCCCUUUGAAGGCCAUAAAAGAAGGUCACGUGUAUCUCUGCUACGAUAUACCCUUCAUAUACGCCGAGGUCAAUGGAGAUCGUGUACAGUGGGUGGUCAAGAGAGAUGGUACCAUGGAAGUAAGUCAAAUUCACCAUCACGCCGUUGGUUCAUUCAUCAGCACAAAAGAUGUUGGAUCCUCCUACAGACAUGAUGUGACGCACCUGUAUAAAUACCCAGAAGGAAGUGACGAGGAACGGCGAGUGGCCCAUUUUGUCAAUAGAUACAGUACAAGGAAGAAACAGAAUAUUUAUAACCUUGACACGCCUAAGGAGUUAGAUUUCACGAUUACGUCACCAGAGGAAACACUUAUAGGAGACGACCUAGAAAUAAAGGUCGCUGUCAAAAACAUGACAGAUCAUUCCCGCACAGUUAAUUUGACCUUGACCCUGGUCAAUGCCUACUGCAAUGGGGUUUCGGGGUCACGAGUCAUAACUCAAACGUUUAAGGAAACCAUCGGAAACAAAGAUGGUAAAGUUCAAACUGUGUACAACUUUUAA